CGAAACGUGUCUAAAUUUUUGCUGAUUUCGAUGUGGAUGCCUUCAACCUCUCUCAGUACGUCUUCUUCAAGGCGCGUGGCGUUGCUUACAGAUGUGGAGGGCAACUGGCAGUACGUGCGCAACGUGGUGCGCCAGUCAUCAUGUCUGCAGCUGACUACCGACGGCCAAGAGGAGACACUGAAGUUGCGUGACGACUGCAUGCUCGUGUUCGGGGGAGAUGCGGGAGAUAAAGGAGACCACACUCUCAAAUGCUACGAGCAGCUCGUGCACCUCAAGAAGAAACACCCGGAUCGCGUCGUGCUACUUGUGGGAAACCGCGACGUGAACAAGAUGCGGUUAACCUCGGAGCUCAAUGAUACCGAGAUGGACCUAAGCUCUAUGGCCAAAGAAAUUCUGGAAGGCCCAACGUGGGUGCCUCAGGACAAACGCAUGACAUUGAAAAAGUUCUUGGCAGAUCAACAGAAAGACAAAGAUGGAGCUUCUAUGGUUAAUACCAAAGUGAAUCGGCUGAUAUGGAUGCUGGAACACACGAUGGGAGCUCAAGGUGAUUUUGAGAGACGUCGAGCCGAGUUGAAGCUGCGUCAAGAAGUUGGUGACAGGAAGGAGGUGACGGAUGACGACAUUGCCAAGUCUUAUCUUGAUAGUGUCGAGGAAGGCGGCGUGUUGCGCGAGUAUUUACUGCACGGUAGUCUAGCGUUCGUGGCUCACCAAACUCUGUUUGUGCACGGUGGUAUCAUUGACGGGGACAAGGACGCCAGCUUGUCUGCUCUUGGUCGAGUACCUGACGAACCGUCGAAGCGCUAUGACUCGGUUCUGGAGUGGGUGGAUAAGCUCAAUACCUGGUACCGAAGUCAAGUUCAGGAAUGGAUCGACCACCCAACGUGGAGUGAAGAUCACUCCUCACGUGGCGGUACUGAACUGCUCAAAUACGUUCUACCAGAUUACACCGGUAGUGUGGUCAUGGGGCGCCAUCUAUUGCCCUCAGGGAUGCCGACGCCAGUGCCAGAAGAGAUUGCGUCGCUGCUUUCUGAAAGUGGCAUUCGACGUGUGAUUAUUGGCCACACGCCUCACGGCAAUUGUCCGACAGUCGUGAAGCAGCCCCAGCAACAGGAUACCUGUGCAGCAGACCGCAGCAGCGAUGGCAUAGUAUUCGAAGAUGUUGUCAUGUGUGAUACGAGCUACAGCGACGCUCGUGCACCAGAUAACCGGGGCUGCGCUGCUUCGGAAGUGGUGGUGGGUCCCUCCGGACACGUUCUUGUGAAUGGCGUCCUGGAGGACGGACGACAUAUUGAGUACGACAUAAAUGAGGAUCCAUGGGUUGGUCGCUGGCUGCAAGAUGGAACCAUGGUGAAGGCUCGUCUUGCCGACAAGGAAGCAAAUGAGGAAACGUCGUAUCUGGUUUUCAGCGUGGAAAAUGGUUACUCCUACACGUAUCACUACCGCACAGUCACUCAGUUACGAGAAGCUGGUCUGAAGAACUAAAGCGACUUUAAAAAUUGCUUUUUAGCAUGCAAAAA